CACAUCAAACCACAUGCUUUCUGAUUCAUCAUUCAGUGGUCUCAAAGUGCCUCAUACACAUUGAUAUGAGUGGCAACAUCAUCUGUUGCCAUACAUCUUGUGAGACAUAUACAUAUCUGUGUAGGGCACACACAUGCUGAUAAAGAAUGACACAGUGAAGCCAUGAGUAGCUAGCGCAUUCCAUCACAAUUCUAUAUCAAUAAUAGAAGUGUACCUGUCUCGCAAGAAUUUCUGGAUUUAUACCUCUUAAAUUAUCUGAAUGCGCAUUCAUAGUGCUUUGAGUCUGACAGCAUGUUUGAAAAAGAAGAGGGAACCGAAAGUAUGUUGCAUUUACUAUGAUCAAGACUGAAAAGAAAAUAGUGCCAUGAAGGAUGGUCUUACCUGAACGGGAGCAGGGAACGUAAAGAAUUGGUGGCAGCAUUGCAAGAAACUGCUGCUACUUGUGAGGAUGUGCCCAUUGUUAUCGGAGAUGAAGAAAUUCGAACAAAUGAUGUCAGAUAUCAAGUUAUGCCUCACAGUCAUCAGAAGAAAAUAGCUAAAUUCUACUAUGCUACAUCGGAUAUUGUGCAAAGAGCAAUAGAAGUGGCCACUGCAGCCCAGGCAACAUGGGAUCGGGUUCCUCUGGAGCAAAGGCUGCAGAUUUGGCAUCGGGCUGCUGAUCUGAUGGCAAACAAGUACCGAAUGAAACUGAAUGCGACAACUAUGCUGGGCCAAGCAAAGACAGCAAUUCAGGCAGAAAUUGAUUCAGCAGCUGAACUAAUAGAUUUCUUCAGGUUUAAUGCAUAUUCUGCAAAGGAGAUAACUAAAUACCAACCAAUUAGUGAGGAACCGUCAGUAACAUUGAACUCCAUGAGAUACCGAGGGAUUGGUGGUUUCAUUGCUGCAGUGUCACCAUUUAAUUUCACAGCUAUUGGUGGCAACUUAGCCUACACACCAGCUCUUAUGGGCAAUGGCGUAUUAUGGAAACCCUCAGAUUCAGCAUUACUUUCCAAUUAUACUGUCUUUAAGAUUGUUCGUGAAGCAGGAUUGCCACCAGGUGUGGUAAACUUUGUGCCUGCAGAUGGCCCCAUUUUUGGAGAUUCUGUUACCUCUUCCCCGCAUCUUGGUGGAAUUAAUUUCACAGGAUCUGUGGCAACAUUUAAUCGGCUUUGGAAACAAGUUGGACAAAACAUAAACUCCUACCGUAGCUAUCCAAGACUUAUUGGAGAAUGUGGUGGUAAGAACUACCAUUUUGUCCAUCCAUCAGCAGAUGUCACCAGUGUUGUUAUGGGUACCAUUAGAUCAGCAUUUGAAUUCUGUGGUCAGAAAUGUUCAGCCUGCUCUCGAAUGUAUGUGCCACAGUCGUUAUGGCCGAAGAUCAAGGCAGGUCUUCUAUCGGAGCGGUCUAAGCUAAAAGUUGGUGAUCCAACAGAAUUUGACAGCUUCACCUCUGCUGUCAUUGAUGGCAAGGCAUUUCAACGAAUUACAUCGUAUAUUGAACAUGCAAAUAGCUCAAAAAAUUUAACAGUGAUUGGAGGUGGCAAGUAUGACAGCAGCAAGGGUUACUUCAUUGAACCCACAAUUGUGGAAACAGUUGAUCCUGAAGAUCGAAUCAUGGUGGAGGAGAUAUUUGGCCCUGUCUUGUCUGUAUAUGUUUACCGGGAAAAGGAUCUUGACUCAACCCUGAGAUUAGUGGGUGAGUCAACACCCUAUGCCUUGACAGGAGCUGUAUUUGGUACGGACCAACACUUCCUGCAGUAUGCACUGGAAGAACUGAAGCAAACAGCUGGUAACUUUUACAUCAAUGACAAAUCCACAGGUUCAGUGGUCGGGCAGCAGCCAUUUGGUGGAAGUCGUAUGUCAGGAACAAAUGACAAAGCUGGUGGCCCACACUAUGUGCUUCGUUGGGCUUCGCCACAGGCCAUCAAGGAAACAUUUGUGCCACUUAAAGAAUGGAAGUACCCAUACAUGUCUGAUUAAUACAGACAACGGUGGGCUCUUGUUCAGCCAGUAUGAAGGUGUCCUGACCAUAAACUGACCAAUAGCAUGAUGCUGGCAGUACUGUGAUAGCGCCAACAUACAUGAGGAAGUUGGUGUAUUACAGGUAUAUUAAGAAUGAUAAUAAUAAAAGUAAUGAUGAUAUUAAUCCACAUGGAUUCUGAAGAAUUUCUUGAUGAUACUUGUUUCUUUGGAUUUGUGACAUCUAUCAGUUACAAGACUGGAAGCGUAGUAUUUGUUGAGAAUGGGAAGAAAUUCCAGGAUACAAGUAAUUCACCCAAUUACUUAAUAGUUUCUGCAUUUGAAGUUCUGUGUGAUAAACCAAAGAUAAGCUGUGGAUGAUUUAUUUCUUUCUCCCCAGCCGGUGUUGGGAUAACUGAAAGCAAUAUUGUGGCCAAUUACAGUAUUGUUGUUUUAACAACUGCACAUUUACAGUAUUAAUGCCACAGUUAACCUUUAUUUCAAGCCAUAAUGAACUACUUAACUACAAAACUCUUAUAUUUCUAGCAAGUGUACAUGUUUUGAAACUUAGAUAUUGUUGGUGACAAAGUUACAUCUCCCACCCCAAGGUUUUAUUUUAUUAAUUAUUGUGAGUAUUAUUCUGUCAAAUAGUACCAUUUUUCUGAUCAUU